GCGUGGGAUCGUGGAAGUACAGCGAUUUGACCCUUAAACCGGAUCUAGAGCACUGGUGCUACAUAGGCCGAUUCGAAAAUUACAUAUACUUUCAGAUUCUUACCCCUUUCGAUGAACUUAAUAUGUACAAGUCCUGAAAGCUGAACGGUUUUGUUUCUUAUUGUCUUGGAAACAUUUUAACUAAAGACCAAGACAGAAAUUUGAAAUUGGCUAGGGGUGUCACCAAUUAUUAUUCCUAGGACCUGUAAAAUUUUGAUAACAGCCAUAGACUACCCCCACUAUUCCGGUUUAUCUGGUAACACUUGCAAAAGUCAAAUUAUGAACUAUCGUUCGGAAAAGCUAGAGAAAAAGGAGCACUUCGAAAAAGGAAAAUUUUUGACAAUCAUUCAACUAAGUAAAAAUAAAAUAAAAAGAUAAAAUGUCUGUAAGUAAUAUCGCGGGAAUUGAACUUGUCAGUGGACCGACGCGUCUGAAGAGCAGGAUCUGUGUGAGAAACCUACCGCCUUGCACCCGCGAGGAGCUGUCUUUGCUGUGCUUUCCCUUUGGCCAAGUCCUUGGCUCGCUGGUGAUCGAUACCUACGGGUUUAUCCAGUUUGAAAGUUCAACCGAGGCCAAGAGAGCCAUAGAAUCGCUCGACCAUUUUUUAUUCAAAUCGAAGGUUCUUCAAGUUUCGAACGCCAGUAUCAGUUCCCUCAGGGCCACUUUUUCUGACACUGCUUCCCAGAAAAGGAGGAGGAUCGAGUGGUCUGAUGCGGAUGAUGUUCUCCUCGUGGAGCGGAUUGACUAUGAGGACGACGAGGACGAUAAGGACGGUGAGGACGGUGAGGACGAUGAGGGCGAUGUGGACGAUAAGAACGAUAAAGACUAUGUGGUAGAGGAUGACUCCGAAAGCGAUGACGAUGAGGAUGAAGGCCAGAAAUCUCGCUCACGCAAGAGGAAGAGAAAACAGAGCGGCAAAAACAAGAAGUAAUACGUCCGAAAUAGCAAAUCUCUAGGAGAAAAACACACAAGCACCAAUUCUUUAAAGAUG